AUGACCGGCUGGACCGGGGAAGCCGCUAGUACUCUUAUAAGCAACUUGCACAAACUGCAAGGGGUGCCACCCUCAUCCACGUUGACAACCAUAUGUAAGAAGGACGGUGCUCAAAAAACUACUGCAACAGAUCGGGGAGAACACGAAAAGCAUUUGUACGCCAAACUCGCCCGUGGCUACAAUACUCUUGCGCGACCGGUUCGCAAUGCAAGCGAACCGGUGCUUGUGGUCCUUGGUCUUGAUUUCCAGCAGAUACUUACUUUGGACGAAAAGCAUCAAGUUCUGCACUCCAAUGUUUGGUUACGCAUGAGCUGGCGCGAUCAGUACUUGACUUGGGAUCCAGCAAAAUAUGCAAACAUUCGCGAAGUACGUCUACCGAUAACAAAUAUCUGGAAGCCCGAUGUGCUACUGUACAACAGCGUUGAUGAACAUUUUGACAGCACAUGGCCGAUCAACGCAGUCGUUACAUAUUGCCGAAUUGACAUCGCUUAUUUUCCUUUCGAUUUCCAGCAAUGUUCUAUGAAAUUUACAUCAUGGACAUACUCAGGUCUAUUCAUUGACCUACGCAAUGAUUCCGUUAUUGUGGGCACGUAUAAGCCCAACGGAGAAUGGGAGAUUUUAGAUUUUACUUCAAAACGCUCUAUCUUCUACUACGACUGUUGUCCGGAGCCAUACUACGAUAUAACGUUCACCAUAACCUUGAAAAGACAAACACUUUAUUAUGGAAUUAACCUUGUCGUACCGAGUAUGCUGAUAUCUGCUCUCGCUCUAUUCGGUUUUACGCUGCCACCAGAUUCGGGCGAAAAACUCAAUUUAUGUGUCACCAUAUUCAUGUCUCUAUGCGUAUUUAUGCUAAUGGUUGCAGAAGCGAUACCGCAAACCAGCGACGAUUUACCGUUGAUAGAGGCCUACUUCUGUUGCAUUAUGUUCGAAGUCGGAGCAUCCGUUGUGUGCACAGUUUUCGCACUGAACUUUCACCAUAGGACACCUGAAAGCCACCGAAGAAUGGCACCACUAACAAGGAAAAUUCUUUUGGAAUGGCUACCACUGCUGGUGUUCAUGAAACGCCCCGCACCUUUUGAUGCAGAUCAGCUAGAUGGAGAUUUCGUACCCGAGCACUGCAAAGCCAAAAGUACACCUGAUGUUGAGACACUAGAUUUUGAAAACCUCUUUGUGGGUGAGAUCAUUAAGUCCCUUGACAGGAACACUGAUCCACUUAUAGAGAAGUUGGUUAUAGCUUUGAGAAAUAAGAUGCCAAAAGAUGCAGAAACUGAAAAAAGAGAACGAAGCAUUGUACUAGCCCUAAUUCCUGAGACGCGAACGGACCGAACAUUGCGUGAAAGGAAAAAACAGUCGGAGGAACGUUGCACAUGUGCUAGAACAGAUAAAUGUGGAUUGUUCGCCAUACGAAAUCUUUCGUAUGGGUAA